UCCCCCUCGUAUCGCUCUCUUUCUCUCUCUUUCUGCGCCGCGGCCCCCCUCCUCCCUUUCGGCCCUGCGUUUCCUUCUCUCGUCUCUCCCGUUAUAACCGCAGGAGCGGCGAGAAAACCCUCGGCCGCCGUCACGGCGCGCCGCCGUAUGGACGAUUUUGAGAAAGAAGCCGUCCAGUCUGCCGCCUUUCUGACCCGUCCCAUCCCGUCGCGCCGAGCAACGGGUCGGCCGACAGGUCUACCGUGAAGUUGUCGCGAUACACUAGCGACCGGCCGAGAGGCGUCCUUUCGGCGUCGCCGCGCCGCGCGGGACGUGCGCGACGCUCGCGCGAAUGCGCGCACGAGCCUAGCGGAAAGUUCGAAUUCGCCAGUGACAGGUACGCGAUCUCGGAGCAAAAAUCUCUUUCUCUCCCUCUCUUUUUCUCUCUCUCUCUCUCCCCCCCCUCUUCCUCUCUUUCUCUCUCCCUCGCGUGAGCGAGCGGAGAGUCGCGCGCGUAUGAGCGAACGGACGUGCCGAAACCGAGAAGAGAGUACGCGAGCUUGCUUCUUUGUUCGUGAACGCGAAUCCAGCGACGUUAUAAUUUCCCUUCGAAUUCGCCGGAAUCUCUCGCUCUUGCCGGCCAACUUCACACCGCUACCGCCGCGACUCCUUCGGCGUCGCGAGAGUGCGGCUCGCCCGCGACGGUGUGAUCAACGCGAAGUGCGUCCCUGCGCGUCGAACGUAGCGUCGGAAAAUGAAAUUCGUCGCGAUGCCGAAGUGAGUUCCGGGCGACAGCGCGCGCGUGUGCUCUUGGAUUACCGAUUUGUUGGUGUUCUUCUCAGCGUCGCCGUUCCGGAAAAGGGCCACUAGCUCGGCUGAGAGAUCGGACCGAUCGCGACCGAUGUCGCGACUUUCGCUUGUCGCGAGUGAGUGAUUGUGCGAGGAAGUGCCGGAAAUCUGAGGAAGAAUACGCCAAAGUUGCGGAAAUCGACGGGAAUUUCCGCUCGCGUCGGUGCUCGGUGAGCCGUGUGUGUGUUGGUGUGCGCGAUGCGAGGUUAGGAUCGUCGUGCUCGGAGGGUAAGAGACCGAGAGAAAGAGAGAGAAAGAGAGAUAGAGAAAGAAAGAGAGCCUUCUCUCGGGAAAAGGAGAGCGGCGUGGAUCGGUGCCGGAGCGAGGAAAACGGAAUAUCGUAUCGACGGGGUCAGUCCUCGAUCGAGAUCUGGAUUACGCGGGCGCCCCGAGGAUCGCCACGAUCUUGCCAAUUCGUAAAAAAGGAGGACACACGGACAGGGAUGGCAUGAGGGAGGGCUCCGGCAACGCUGCCGAGUUAGCAGUGGGCGGGGGUGGUGCUGUGCUGGUGCUCAGCGAGCUUGAAAGCAUGGCGGCCAGGCAACAGCGGGAGAUUGCUCAGCAAAGGCGCCUCCUGGAGCAGAGAGAGGCCCGCUUAGCCGUGCUUCGAGGCGCACAGGAGCCAGCACAGCAGGACAAACUCGCCAGAUUGAAGCACAGACUGGACCAACAACAGAGCAAACUGAAUCGACUGCGGUUGCUCAGAUCGCAGACAGACCAGUCUCGUGCCAACAAUGCGACGUUGACCUCGGACCUGGACUGCAUCAGGGCGCUGUUCAACGAGAAAGAGAAGGAGCUCUCGUUGGCCGUGGCGAAGGUGGAGGAGCUGACACGGCAGUUAGAAGAGCUUCGGGGUCGUCAGAAUGCCGUCGGUGUCGGCGCCGGCAGUGGAAGCGCCGGCAGCCUCGGGGGUGGUCUCGCGGGUGCUACCGGAAAUGGGCAUCUGGUCACCCCGGCCAGCGCGGAGUUGGAGAAGCUCAGGAGGGAGCUGAUGUAUCGCAACAAAAUGAACGAACAGCAGAACCAAGUGGUGUCGCAGCAACGUCUGGCCCUGGCGCAGAGGCAGGCCGAGAUGGCGUCGAUAGACGCGCGGAUAGCGCAGCUCCAAAGUCGUCUUCAGCGUAAGAGAGCGUUGAAUCAACGGCUGAGUCAUCAACUGGGCCCGGGAUCCGGACGUGUCGGCGCCAACACGACAGGAUUCCCGGACACGAAGCUCGACGGCUUCAACAACGGCGGCAAGCUGAGGCCGGCGGGAAACAUCGCCGCGAUCGAGCCGUACUCUCACAUACCCAACGACAAUGAUUUCAACCUGAACAAAAACGAUCCAAAGUACCAGACACUGCCGUACAACACCAAGUUCACGGUGAACUUCAAGGCGAUAGAGGACGACGUGAACAAAAAUAAGAUACAGCACUCGGCCAGCGCUUCCCAGUUGGGACAGCGGCCGGCCUUUCAGCAAUACGGACACCAAAUCGUUCACAGCCAGUCGCAGUCGCACAUUCAGGGUCAAUCCCAAUUAUUAGGAAGUAAUCAGCAGCAGCAACAACAACAGCACAAUCAAAAUCUCGGCAAUCAAGUUACAACGGUUCAGUCGAGUUGCAACUACAACAAUAACAACAACAAUAAUAACAACAACAAUCUCGUCGGUAGCGGUAACGCGCACAGCUUCAGCCCGGACAACCUGUCGCAGAGUCUUCGUAUUCACCAAGGUCAUCAGCAGCAACAGCAACAGCAGCACCAGAAUGGCAACGGGGGCCAACAAAAGCAACAGAACUUGACUGGCACGGCGUCGAACGGCGCUUCGACGAAUCUCGGUGUCACUGUCUCGUCGAUCUCACAGGCGCAGAACCACCGCAACUUGCAGGCCAUCCAUCAGAAACCGGUGUCGAGCGUGGCGCCUAGUUUCUCUGUCAAGUCGCAGAUCUAUCAGACGUCCUCGACCAAAAUCCAUCCGGUGAUGCCGCAGACGUUGAGUCUGCUGGGUCGCGGACACGCAAACAACGCGCCGAGCUACAACAUCACGACUCUCAACGUGCAGUCGAGCAACAAUCAACAGCAGCAGCAGCAACAGCAGCAGACCACAGCCACCAGUGCGCAACUGGUACAAUCUAGCUGUGUCGGCAAUCAGGACAUAAACUACAACGCACCCAGACACGGUUACAUGCCCGGCUCGCAGCAACAGCAACAGCAGCAGCAGCAGCAACAAUAUCCUAACCAGACGAACAUCCACACGCCUUCGUCAGUCAUCUAUCAGGUCCAGAGAGAGUCGUCGAAUCUCGCUUCGAUUGGCCUUCACGGCACCGCCACAGCCGCCUUCAACAAUGCCUCGAGCGCGCAGAGGUACAACCAGUCGCAGCUGUCGUCCGGUUCCAACUUAGAUCCGCAAAACCAGGAUACGCAAACUCAAAUCCUGAACAGUCAGAAGGUCAAAUUCGAGUCGGGCAAGACACAAGACAAGUUCGAGCAUACGGUGUUACCGCCCAAGCAUGAGCAACAGCAGCAGCAAGGCAACAGGUACGAUUCGAGUCUCGCUAAAUACGAAUCUCAGCAGAUCAAGUACGAGCAGCACGGCAAGUACGAGCAACCGACGGUGCAGUCGUCGAAGUUGUACGAGCAACAGCAGGGCAAGCACGAUCAGGGUGUGAGUCAGGCGAAGCAGCACGAGCAGCAGCAUCUCAACGUCAAGUACGAGCCCGGUCGGGAUACGCAGCAAUACAAUAAGCACGAGCAGCAGCAGCAGCAUGAGAGCAGAUCGUCGAACAAGUACGAGCACAGCGCGACGUUCAAACACGAGCAGCCUACCAGCAAAUACGACAGCAAUGGCCAGUACAAGGUGGAAUACAAGCCGGAGCAGAACAAAUACGAAAGCAGCCAGAACAAAUUCGACGCGCCAGGCUCCAAGUACGAGCAGAACUCCACGGCGAAACACGUGGUCGAUCACGCCGUCAAGUACGAAAUCCCCGUGAAAACGCCGGAUAAGCCUUUCGAGUUCGACAGAGCGAAGAGCGACGGUGAGAGGAAGAGCUUCAACGAGUCGCGAAUGGAGGACAAGACGAAGCCGGCGCUACCGCCGAAACCGAGUAAACCUAAUCCACCACCGAGACUGACUCAUCACGAGAAAAUCGACGCGCCGCCGGACGGAAUCAACGAUUGCAAGAUGACCAAUGCGAAUCUCAACUCGAGGUCGGAUAAAGACGAGGACAUACCGCCGAUUCCUACGUCAGAGCCACCCGAUUCUCCCACGGAGACGCAGCUGGUCAAUCAUCAGAUCAUCAAGGCGCGACCGCUGAGUCUGAAGAAGGUACCAAUAUCGGAACAACCGAAGUUGAGAUACGCCAAAUCCAAUGUUCACGUGUCGAUAAAUCGACGGAUUGAGAUGCCCCCGGCCUUUCUCUUCCCGGAGACGGAAAUCCCGGCGGAUCUCAUGCAGACCGAGCAGCAACAGCAGCAGCAACAUCAACAGCAAAUCAUUGACACUACGGACAAUUGCAAGACCAUAACCGCCAUCGGCGAAGACAUCGGCGACAGCGAGAAGUUGGAAGAAUCAGAUAUCGUCGACGCGCUUAAUGUUAUCAAUAUCGACGAGAAAUCGGCGAAGAUGAAGACUGAUACAGAGCUAUUGAGCACCGAGGUGGAUGUGGACGGUGGCAAGAUAUCGGAGGUGAUGAGGAGGAAGAAAGGUAAUCUCAAGUCGAGCACAGGCAAGGUCAAUCUGUCCAGGCGGGUGUCGUUCGAUCCGCUGGCGCUGCUACUCGACGCCAGCCUCGAGGGCGAACUCGAGCUCGUGAAGAAGACUGCCAAGGAAGUCGCCAAUCCAAGCUCCGCCAAUGACGAGGGCAUUACCGCUCUGCACAACGCCAUAUGCGCCGGCCAUCUCGAGAUCGUCAAAUUUCUCGUGGAGUUCGGCUGCGACGUGAACGCUCAGGACAGCGACGGAUGGACUCCGUUGCAUUGCGCCGCCAGCUGCAACAAUUUGUCGAUGGUGAGAUUCUUGGUGGAGCACGGCGCUUGCAUCUUUGCGACCACUCUGUCGGAUCACGAGACCGCGGCGGAGAAGUGCGAGGAGGACGAGGAAGGCUUCGACGGGUGUUCGGAGUAUUUGUACAGCGUUCAGGAGAAAUUGGGCAUCAUGAACAACGGUCAGGUCUACGCGGUCUUCGACUACGAGGCGCAGCAUGCCGAUGAGCUUUCGUUGAAGAACGGCGAUUCUGUGGUCGUACUGCGGAAGGGGGACGACAACGAGAGGGAGUGGUGGUGGAGCAAGCUCGGUCACAAGGAAGGCUACGUACCUCGGAAUCUGUUGGGGUUAUAUCCCAGAGUACAGCCAGCGAAAGCGGACUAAGGGGAUUGCGUGCUCGCAGGAUAUCCGACGAUUACUACAGUAUUCGAUUUGCAGCUUUAUCUUGUUAAUUGUUAUCCUACGAUGUAGGCACAUUUUAGUAGUGUUAUUUAAUAGCAUCUCAUUGCGACAUGCGGAUAUUCUCGAGAGAGAAGAAAGAGCGAGAAUCCACGCGAUUUUUUAACGAUGUAGUAAUCUCUUAAUUGCACAGCGUAUGUAAUUGUUUUUCUUUUUUAAUAUUUUUUUAAAAACGGAUCGUAUCAUUGUGGAACUCAAGCGGCGAACAUUUACGAUCUACCGUAAAUUGUGAACGAAUGCGCUUCACAAUCUGUUCGAUUUGAUCACACUUGCCACGAUUUAUAGAGUCGCACACAUUCUCAACUUCACUUUCUACUUGAAAGUUUAGCUAAGAAUUAGUGGCACAUCUCGUACCGUUUACUACACGCUCGUAGAGCAUCAGAUCGUUUUAUAUGUCGGUGUGCUCAAUUAUUCAUUAGUCGCGUAUAGCGAUUGAUCAGUUUUACAAAAUAUGUUUAUUACGCAGGUUGUAUAUAUUAAUUGACGGAAGAUGGACGUGUUAAUUCUUCUGGAAAUUGCCGUCAAAAAUUUGUAAAUAUAAUUGCAAAUUCAAAAAAUUGUAAUUACGUGAAUUCUGAUUUAAUUUUUAUUAAUUAUUUAUUAAUAAUUUUUCGGCUAAUUCUGCCAAUUAAGCUUCCGCGAAUAAUCAAAUUCGUUCGUGACGCAAAGUGUACUUUAUUUUUGUAAUUGUACAAAAUUUUAAUUAGUCUUAAUCGUUGAUAAGAAAAAAAUAUCGAAAUUUAAUGAGUUGUAAGACACAAUCUUUUUCUGUAUUUUCGCUUAAGAAUGACUGAAUCGGGAUUUCGUUUUAUGAAAGACAGUGCUGUGUGCUUAUCUUCCGUCAAUUCUCGGCCAUCCUGCGAUUCGCGCGAGCAUCGACAGUACGAGUUUUACUUCGCUUUUAAUUUGCUUCACCUAAAUCUUCGAGUUUAGAUGAGGUCAGAUUAUGUUGUUACGUUCUUCUUUUUUAAUUAUGUUUGCCGGAAAUAUCAUCGAGGAGGUCUCUCGACCGAUCUCCGAUUUCGAAGUCGUUCCUAGAGACGUAAUCUUGCCAGUACGCACGAUAAAAUAUGAUAGAAUUUACAAAUGGUGUGCAGAUACGUGGGAAAACGUAAGAGGUAUGAUACUAAAGGAUAUUAACAGGAGACAUUUGACUCAUCAUCCCAAAACUUACUACCGAUUCGGUAAUGCCUAAAAACUUACGUAACAUUUUAGAUAGGCAUGUACAAGAUAGCAUCAUCACGACCGAGUAUACCGAAACAUCAGAAAUUUUCAAAGUACCGUUUGCUAUUGUGCUGUUAUGACAAAUCUGUACAGGCGUGUAAUGCAUGCGAACGCGUCACUUGGAAGAUUUCUGAUCGCUGGUUAAGUGAAAUAUGUGCCUUUCGAAAGUAAUAAUGAAUAUAUUAGAAUAUAAGAAGACGCACGAUAUAUUAUGACAAAUAAAUCGUUUUUAAUAAAAGGAAAAAUACA